AUGGCGCUGAGACAAAACUCUGACAAGGAGCCAAGUAUUGAGUUGUUCAUCAAGGCUGGACACGAUGGCGAAAACGUGGGGAACUGCCCCUUCUGCCAGCGCCUCUUCAUGGUCCUGUGGCUCAAAGGAGCAAAGUUUACAGUGACCACCGUUGACAUGAGGAAAAAACCAGCAGAGCUGAAAGACUUAGCUCCUGGGACCAACCCUCCGUUCCUUCUCUACAAUGGCACCCUCAAGACUGACUUCAUCAAAAUUGAAGAGUUUCUGGAGCAAACUCUUUCCCCACCAAGAUAUCCUCAUCUCAGUCCCAUAAAUAAAGAAUCAUUUGAUGUGGGAGCAGACAUUUUUGCAAAGUUUUCAGCUUUCAUUAAGAAUAGUCCAAAUAAUACACUCCAGCAGAAAAACCUUAUACGUGAAUUUAAGCGCCUGGAUAAAUAUCUGAACUCACCCCUGCUUGACCAAAACUCCAGUGAUGUCAUCGUCUCCAAAAGAAAGUUUUUGGAUGGGGAUUGUCUGACACUGGCAGACUGCAACCUACUGCCAAAACUACAUGUGAUCAGGGUUGCUGCCAAGAAAUACUGUGACUUUGAGAUACCGGCAGAGUUCACUGGUGUGUGGCGCUACCUACAGAAUGCCUAUGAAAGGGAGGAGUUCAAACAGACCUGUCCUGCUGAUAUUGAGAUAGAGAAGGCUUACCUUGGUGUGACAAAAAGAAAAUAA